CCUGCAACUGCAACCUGCAUGCCCGACGGUGCCGCUUCAACAUGGAGCUCUACAAGCUGUCGGGGCGCAAGAGCGGCGGUGUGUGCCUCAACUGCCGGCACAACACUGCUGGGCGGCACUGCCACUACUGCAAGGAGGGCUUCUACCGGGACCUCAGCAAGCCCAUAUCCCACCGCAAGGCCUGCAAAGAGUGCGAUUGCCAUCCCGUGGGUGCCGCCGGCCAAACCUGUAACCAAACCACAGGCCAAUGUCCCUGUAAAGACGGUGUCACCGGCAUCACGUGCAAUCGAUGCGCCAAAGGCUACCAGCAAAGCCGGUCUCCCAUUGCCCCCUGCAUAAAGAUCCCCGCCGCUCCCCCCACCACGGCUGCCAGCAGCACAGAGGAGCCUGCAGAUUGUGACUCAUACUGCAAAGCCUCCAAGGGGAAACUGAAGAUCAACAUGAAGAAGUACUGUAAGAAAGACUAUG